AUGAGUGGUCAAAGAAGCGGCAGCACCCAUCAGGCCAAACGCCCGCGACUCGGCGAGCGUACUAUGUUGGCCUGCAUCGGUUGCAAGCAGAAGAAGCUCAAGUGCGACGGACAAAGUCCAAAGUGCCAAAAUUGCGUGAGGACUGGACGAGACUGCCUCGUGGAAGACCCUGGCACCGGCUUACAUCGCCCGCGCGACUACAUGAAGUCGUUGGAGGCGCGUGUUGCCUAUCUCGAAGGUCUCUUACAGCAGGCCCGGCCCGAGGUCGCCCUCGAUCACUUCGGCCCCAACGGGAGCGAGGGUGGUGGUCGUGACGCGAACCAGCACGCCGCCGCUCCACACAACGGCCCUACGCAAGCAAUGUCCAUCAUGCACAUGCCGUCUGCUCUUGCCCCAACCUCCCUCCAGGGCCACCACUCGUCAUUCGAAGACGUGGAUUUCUCACGUGCGCUGCGCGCGCCUUCUGUAGAGGCCGAUGACCACCAUGUCGAUACCUUGUCGUCAGAGGUUGCGCUGCUCUGUCUCAGUGCCGCUGGCCGAGAGCCGCAUUACUUUGGCCCAUCGUCUGCCGUCUCCUUUUCACGCAUCGUUGGCGCUACCAUGGGCCUUGCCAGUACUGGCGGGAGCUCGCAACAUAGCCAUGCCGGCCGGGGGAAAGAUAUCGGCCCUGAAGUCGUUCGAGAGGUCCCGUUGAGGUUGCCGUCGCCAACUCUGAGGGCAAGUUUAUCUGAGGCGUACUUUAACAACAUACACCCCCAGUACCCAUUCCUUCACAAGCCCACGUUUCAGAUUUGGGAAGAGACUUGCCUGAAAGCAAGCCUCGACGGAGAUUUGAGCAGUGUCGGCGGAUCAACACUGUUCUUCGUGCUUAUGGUCUAUUCGAUAGGCUCCUUGGUUCUCGGUCAAAGCCAUUAUGAUGCUGCCGAGGCUUACUACUCUAUGGCAUUGGAUCACAUAUCUGCAGUCCUAGACCUCGAUAGCCUCGAGUCCAUUCAAGCAAUAUUGGCAUGCGCCGUAUACUCAAUCAGAUCGCCCGUUGGCGUAAGUCUAUGGAAAGUCUCUGGCAUGGCUAUCCGCCAUUGCAUUGAACUCGGCUACCACCGAAGUGCCGAGAGGUAUCAUAGAAACACAGACGCGUUGACGAAAGAGAUGUCUAAACGGUGUUUCUGGGUGGCAUACGACAUUGACAGAGUCGUUGCCUUCACCCUAGGUCGUCCAGUCGGCAUCCCGGAUGACUCAAUUGACGUCGAGCUACCACUAGAUAUAGAUGAUGAGAAUGUGACCUCAGGUGGCCUUUUGUCAGCCUCACGAACGUCCAGCACAGAUCCGCCGACGCUCAUGACCGGCUUCAUCCACGCCAUCAAACUGAGGCGUCUAUGGACAAAGAUCAGCGAUAACCUGUAUCCCCCCACAACUCGACGGUGUAAUUGCGGACACACGGCCACCGUAGAAGGCCUUCGCCAAGAGCUAGAAGAGUGGCGCGCGAAAACGCCCGACCAGUUAGACUACUCGAGGGCGCAUCCGCUCUCGGUAUUCACCUCCCGUUCCUGGUUCCAGCUCGCCUACGACCACUCGAUACUGCUCCUGUAUCGCCACUACAUGAUGGGAGGAUCACCCGCACACCACGCCACGCCGGACGGCGGCGGCGGCGGCGGAGGCGGCCACGGAACCAACAUGAACGACAACAAAGCCACGGAGCGAGCGCUGGAAGAGUGCGCGGUGCGCGCGCGGGAGAUGUGCAUGCUCUACCGCCGCGUCUACCAGAGCUCCUCGGUCCAGUUCACCUGGGGCAGCCUGCACAUCCUCUUCCUCGGCGGGCUAACGUACCUGUACUGCCUGUGGCGUUCGAAGCGCGUCCGGGACUCGACGAGGCAGGCGGACGUUGUCGCGACGUGCAUGGCGUGCACCACCGUCCUCAUCAUCAUUGCCGAGCGCUGGAACCUGGCGACCUCGUACCGGGACAUUUUCGAGGCGCUGUCGCAGCGGACGAUUAGCAUGGUGUGCAACGAUGGGCAGAAGCCGGCGGCCCCUACUACUUCGCUGCCGGCGAUGGGGCCUGGACCCGGGGCGGACAUGCAUGCUCCUUUUGGCGGUGACGCGGCGCCGUCGAUGCAGGAUUGGAUCAUGGGGUUGGAUGACUUGUCGAUUCCGCAAGAGUCUGAGUGGCUGGUGCAGGAGUUGCUUCAAGGUGUGCGGGAUUAUUAG